CGCACUCGUAUACUCCAUUUGUGCAACACACGCUAGAUACAUGCACCACAUUUGGCUUAAAUCAGAAAAUAGUUCAGCAGAAAGGUUGUACUAGAAAACUGUGGUGAAGCAAGAAGGCAGGAAGAAGAAGAAUAAGAUGGUGAUAAGCAAGGAAAAAAAUGCUGAAGACUGGUGCUUCGUUUGCAAAGAUGGCGGUGAUCUUAUCAUAUGUGAUUUCCAGGGAUGUGUAAAAUCUUAUCACCCUGCUUGCGUGGAGAAGGAUGAUUCGUAUUUUGGAAGUGAAACCCACUGGACUUGUGCUUGGCAUACUUGCUUCAUUUGCGAUAAGAGUUCCAACCUUCAUUGUUAUACCUGCACAAGUGCUGUUUGCAGUCGCACUCGCUGCCUUCGCCGUGCAGAAAUUUUACCAGUUAAAGGGCAAUAUGGAUUUUGCCAGCCUUGCUUAGAACUUGCUUUACUUAUUGAAGAAGGAAAGGAUUGUGAUUCUGACGGGGAGAUGGUGGACUUUGAAGAUUUGGAGACGGUUGAGGGUUUAUUUAGUGAAUACUAUAAAAUAAUCAAGAAAGAAGAAGGCUUUGAGCCUCAGAAUUUUUAUGCUGCAAAAGAUGGGGUGAAGACUACAAAAAUAUCCAAUUAUAGCUCGGAAGAUAACUGUGAAGAAGAUGAAAUAUCUGAUUAUGAUGGUGCAGAGCAUGUUAAAAAAUACAGAUCUGGGAGAAAGAAGAUUGGGAUGCAGACACCCGUGAAAUUAAGUAAAAAUGAUUUUAUUGGCUGGGGCUCAAGAGCCCUUAUUGACUUUCUCAGUUCAAUUGGUAAAAGCACCAAUGAACAAUUGUCUCGGAGUGAUGUGACUUCAAUUGUGAAUGCGUAUGUAAAAGAACGUAACUUAAUGCAUCCAGUGAAAAGGAAGAUGAUAUUGUGUGAUGCUCGUCUAGAGUCUCUUUUCAGAAAGAAAACAAUGGCUAAGAAUAAAGUGCAUGAGCUGUUGUGGGACCAUUUUGCAGAGAACCAUGAUGAAUCAGAAGAAGAUGAGAUGGGAUAUGAUUCAGAGGAUGAUAAUGCAGUAUGUAAGAAACAAAGAAAGUUGAACUCUGAGAACAAAUCUCCGGAAAAAGAGCUAGCCGAUGAUGUGCCACUGAGUUGUUUUGCAUCCAUUGUCGUCGAAAAUGUGAAACUUGUUUACUUGAGGAGGAGCUUGCUACUUGAACUGCUGAAGCAGCCUACAUUGUUUGAAGAAAAGGUUGUUGGAUGCUUCAUUCGUGUUAAGUCCGAUCCUUAUCAUAAUCAUUCAAGGAAACUAAUGCAAGUUAGAGGAGGAUCUUCAACAGAAAGCCAAUAUUCUUCAUGAGGAUCUAACCAAGCAUGUACGUCAGGUGGUCUUUAUCUUGGACUAUAAGUUCUACACAUGAUUUAUAUUAUUGGCUACUUACCAUAUUGUUUCGAACUUGGUAGAAAAUUGAAUAAAUAUUUCUUAUUUUAAUAAAUGUUAUUGAGGGCAAUACCUGUUAGUGUAAAGGAGCAUCCACUCAACUAAUAUAUACUUGGAAGGGAAUUGUAACUCACUGAACACUUUCUCAGAUAACAACCUCUCCUGCCCAAACUUUUAGCAUUUCCUAAAAUUCAUAUAUCGUAUAGCUUCUUUCAGGAUGCUGAUGGUGGUUCCGGAGCAUGCAUUGUGUAAGAAGCAUGUUGUUGUAGAAUUUUAGUAGCUAUAUAUAGCUGAAUGGUUGUUGCUGUAGAGUAUGUCUUUAUUAUUGUUUUAUUAGCUCUAUUGCAUCAGAUAUAUCUUCCUGCCUGUUUCAUCUGAAAGUAUGGUUUCAUUUGAUCAAUGAUUUGUUACUAUAAUUUUUUUAAGUACAUUCUUCUUGUUUGUUUGACUGACAGAAAAUGUUUUGCUUUGUCAAAGAUACAAACAUGAUAUCAAAAUUCCAUCUCCCCAUUCAUUGUCUAAUGAUUUU